AUGAGCAAGACGGAACAUAGAUUCUUGGAAAUCCCAAAUAUAUUCUCGACAUCUCACCAGCCGUAUCGCGAGGACCUCGACCUAUUUGAGCCAGACCCGAGGCUCUCAUCGACGCAAUCUAUAGCACCCUCGUCCAUCUGCAGCAGUAAUGACUCCCGGCGUCGAUUGCUCAUAGUAUACAUCCACGGUUUCAUCGGAAACGACAGCUCUUUUCAGUCUUUUCCUGUCCACGUACACAGAUAUCUCAGGAUACACCUCGCCGCGACGCAUGUAGUACACUCCAAGAUAUAUCCAAGGUACAAGACAUACAAAGCUUUCCAUCUGGCCCGGGAUAAUUUCAGCCGAUGGCUCAGUGCUCACGAGUCUCCUGACACGGAUGUUGUCCUGGCUGGCCACUCAAUGGGGGGUUUAGUGGCCGCGGAUGUUGUUCUGAUGCGAGAGCGGAGAGCAGAUGGCAGCUGGGCCCCCAGGCACCGGAUACUCGGUACAGUCAACUUGGAUGUGCCGUUUGUGGGAGUAGAUAACGGUGUGAUCCUGACUGGCAUCCUCAGCCCCUUUCGGACCAAGACCCCAAGGCCAGAAAAUACUGGAGCCUCAGAUACUCUAACACUAACAUCGAGUUCCCAACCGUCAGGCACCAACACGCCAGCGAUCUCGAUCCGCCAGUCUGAGUCAUCGUGGUCCAUCUACCAAUCCUCGAGCAUCUCCUCUAGCGUACUCUCGCUCAAGUCCCGGGGCACCAUGGACCCCCAUUUCAACCCGCGCUUCCCCAACGACGUCCGCAUCCAAGACCGUGGCUGGUGGCAGAACCUCGUGCACUUCGCACAGAAGCACAGGCCGGAGGGCUUGAUGAAUGCGACCGUUCGGCACUUCCGGGACCAUUUCGAGUUCGGGAGCUGCCUGCUCGACUCGCGGCGGCUGAACCAGCGGUACCGGGACCUGCGAAAGCUCGAGGACAUCGGGUGCUUAGAGGACGGCGCGAGCGGCCAACCGAGGCCUGACCAGCGGACGCGGUUCGUUCAGUUCUACACGGUCUGUUAUAAGCGGAGGGACAGCAACGUUGACCUAGCCCAGCCAAGGCCAUCGGAGGAUAGGGAUACGGGACUUUUGGCACGCGACGAAGAAGAGGACAAAUAUACACGCACCGAGCCAAGAACGGAUGCAGUUAACAAUAUACGGGCAAGCCCGAAGAGCCACAGGUACAAGGAGCGAUUAUUCUGCAGACUGGCGCGCGCGGACAACGUCGGGCAGAUCGAUCCGCUGUGGAAGAAAGUGUCUAUGGGCAUCACCGACGAGAUCAGCGCGCACACGAGUCUGUUCUUGCCUGGGCCCCAUUACGAAGAACUCGUUUGUGAAGUAGGAGAAGCGGUCGUUGAGUGGGUUACAGCAAGCAGCAUUCGAUAA